CCUAUAUUAUACUACCGAGUACAGUGGAGAUGUGGUAUGUAAAAAAAAAAAGAAAAAUAAAAUAAUGAGGUUUUCCCGUUUUAAAUGGAUCCGAAUCUGUGUGUACGGGUGUACCUUUCCUUUUCGGACGAAACACUGACCGACAGGGUUUCAGACCAAGUGUUUGAAGCUGGUGAUUGUAGCGGCAAGUGAUCAAUCUCAAUCAUGUUUGUUUGUUUCUCGCCUGUUAUAACAAACACCGUUUAUUCCACACAUUACUCUAUGUACUCUGUAAUGUUCUCCAAACUUGAAUUUUUCUCUUCAGUUAAGGCUUCAUUUGUCUCUUGUACCCAGAAAAGCCCUUCAAUGCCCAACACCCUUCAUUUUCAACUACCAGUGCCCCAACUCUCUGGGGUGCUUUGCAUGGAGGAAGUUUUCUUACAAUUACACUACACCCAAUUCCAGAAGACCCCAAAAGGCCUUAAUCCCAGCUACAUGAGGAGCUUUGGUAUUUUGGCAGCAGCACUCAGCCAACGACCUACAGGUUGUUUGUCAGUCUCCUUUACCAUUUGGACAUGCUGAUGCUUGCCAUAGAUGUAUAGAUUUGAUAUGGAAAUUUGUCGAAUUGGACUGGCGGGUUUCUCUGAGACAAAAGAGGUCUAAAGAGGAAAUUUGAAAUGGUUGAAACUGAUGGUAUGCCUAUGCGAAAGGGGAAUGAUGCUUGGUGUGCAGUAGAAUCUAUAGAGGACAUCCUUGCCAAUAUUCUCUCAAGGGUUCCUGUUAAGUCCCUUACAGUUUUCAAAUCUGUUUCUAAACUCUGGUAUAGAUUGAUAUGCAGUCCAAAUUUCAUCAAACUGCAGUUAAGCUGGUCCCUAGAGAACUCCACUUAUAUAAUCUAUCCAUAUAUGGAUGAGGUAAUGACUUUGUAUCAGAUGAAGGGCAAUGGGGAAAUCAUUGACAUGAUUACUCUUCCUGGUUGUGAAAACCUUUCCCCUCUCAGUCUGGUUUGUUCCUGUACUGGUUUAAUCUGUUGCAUCAAUUAUCCCUGGAUUCGUGACUUAAACAUGGAUAAUGAGGAUAUGACAGACUUUGAAAUCCGUAUCUGCAAUCCCAGUACUCGAGAAGUCUUUUUACUUCCAAAGGGUAGUCCAUCUGAAAAGAAGCUAUCUAUUGGAGUUGCUUUUGGCCCCAAAACCUCCGAGUAUAAAGUAUUCCGAUUUUUUUAUUCCAAGGGCGAGUCCCAAGAUAUCCAUCUUGAGUGUGAGGUAUAUUCGUCAUGUACUGGAUCCUGGAGAGGCAUAGGUGUUGUCCAGCACUGUCCCAUGGGUUUCCAGCACUGCCCCUUGGGUUCAAAUCAUGUAUUUGUUAAUGGAAAAGUGUACUGGUUUAUUGCUUCAGAAGAAGAUCAUGACAUCCCUGGCUCCAUUCUUUCAGUUGAUAUUGAGGAGAAUUUUAGAACUAUCAAUCUUCCAGAGGAAGUCACUGAACACUCCUUCUUGGUUGAUCUGGAAGGUUGCUUAUCGCUAGUUGCAGUAUAUGACGAGGAUGAAAUUGUGGAUAUAUGGGUCCUAGACGAUUCGAAUGAGCCUCAUUGGGAAAGGAAACGUAGUGAUUAUGUUACCUUCUCAAGUCUGGAAUGUGUUUACUAUGUAGCUGCGCGGAAGAAUGAAAUUUUUUUCAUAACUACGGACCAUUAUCUGAUCUAUAGUCUGGAUCAUGCGACUUGGACAGAACUUGAUUUAGAAGAUACUUUUGAAAGGAAUCUUCCUGUUGUACUUCCCUUUACAGAAUCCCUCCUCCCAUGUAGUGGCCUCCUGGGUUCUGAAAGAGAGGACAACAAUUGAGGAAGGAAAUUGAUUGCCAUUCUCAAUGUUUUGGUAGAAAUAUGACAGAUUUUCUGGGACGACAACCGUGUGAUUCUCAAGCUCAUAUUUCUGAGUGAAAUCAUACUCUUAUCUCAUUUCUUUUGCUUGUUUACCUUUACCUUUUAGAACAUGUGAACUGGUGGUUGUUCAUGGAUGGUUUUAUUGCAAUUAAACUGUGAAAUCUGGAGAAGUUUAUCAUGUCUUUUUUUGUCUUCUUCAUGGUACCUCUUUUCUGGGGCAGGUCUAAUCCUGCUCUUCUAUUUUACUUUAGAUGGCUAUGAAGGUGAAGGUUAUUAUCAUAGAACAUUGAAACACACAUCUCAAAGUGGCUUGGCUCUAAUCCAUUGGUGAAUGCUAAUGGGAAAAACCUCUCUCUACUUCAAUUUUUUUACUUUAUUAUGAAUUUCUACA